CUACGCAGAACUGAAACAAACAAAUAUAAAAACUAAAAGGCAAAAAUGUAUUUAAUGUAUUAUUUAAAUGAAAAUGGGGAUCGAGUGUACACAUUAAAGAAAAUGGAUCCAAAUGGAAGACCGACGCUAUCGGCACAUCCUGCGCGAUUUUCUCCAGAAGAUAAAUAUUCAAGGGAAAGGAUAACAUUAAAACGACGAUUUGGUCUAUUACUUACACAGCAACCACUACCUACCUAUUAA